AUGGGAUAUUGCUUGCCAUGGCAGCUUGUUAUUGCUAGUCUUGCCGGGCUUGGAGCAAGGAUCAAUCAGCAGCACAAAAGAUAUGGAUUCAGUUCCUUGGAGCAAGGAUCAAUCAGUGGCACAAAAGAUAGCACGGGGCAUGACCCUCCAGCGGCUUCCCUUUUCAUUGCCGAAGAUGACGUUGUAGGCAUUGAAUUUCUCAGAGAUGAAUUGAUAAGUAAGCUAUUGGCAGAACAACCGACGCGUGCAGUGAUUUCUCUUGUUGGGAUGGGUGGAUUGGGAAAGACCACUCUUGCAAAGAAAGUUUACGACAACGCAAGAGUGACCCGACAUUUUGACUAUUGUGCUUGGAUCUUUGUCUCUCAGUCAUAUAAGACGGAGGAGCUUCUCAGAACAAUAAUAAAGCAGUUCUACGAUUCCAGAAAGGAACUCGUUCCUGAUGGAAUUGACUCAAUGGAAAAGGUUAAACUGAUUGAAAAGCUAAAGGAAUAUCUAGAACCCAAGAGGUAUGUGAUUGUUUUUGAUGAUGUAUGGGAAAUAGAAGUUUGGAGUAUCAUAAAACAUGCUUUACCAAAGAACAACAAAUGCAGUCGGUUGAUCUGUGAGCUCAUUGUUUCAAAAUCCGAGGAGUUGAGUUUUUGCCAAGCUGUGGAAGAUGACUCAAGUUUUGAUGGACAAUCUCGGCGACUAUCAUUCCAUAACCCUGUUUAUGAUGGUUUAGAAACCAUUGGUAAGCUCCGAAUUCGUUCUUGUUUUAUUUUAAAAGUGGACAAGGAGUUGCCAAAGCCAUUUUUAGGUAUGUUGUUCGCAAAAUUCAAGCAAUUGAAGGUGUUAGAUCUUGAAGGUGCUCCUUUCGAUAAUCUUACUGAAGAGGUUGGAAAGUUAUUCCACUUCAAGUCCUCAAGUCUGAGGGAUACAAUAGUGAAAAUCCUUCCAAAGUCCAUAGGCAAGCUAUACAACUUGGAGACUUUAGAUCUGAAAUACUCUCUCGUGGAUGAGCUACCCUGUGAAAUUAGUAAGUUACAUAAGCUGCGACACCUUUUGGCCUACGAUUCAAACUACAAUGUCGAUAGCAUUAUUGAUAUUAGAAGAGGAGUGAAAGUGCAAGAAGGAAUUGGGCAUUUAAAGGAACUGCAGAAACUACGUUAUGUGGAGGCAAGUCAUGAAGGGUUUGAGAAAGUUGGGUAUCUCGAGAAAAUGGGAGGGCUCUCAUAG